AUGCAACAGGCAACCGCUCAAACCUUCCUUCGAACGUUGCUAAACUGUAUCCAAGGGCAGUCCGGUCUCGUUGGGGGGCGGGAUGUUUUAUAUGUUAUCUACGCUUGGUCAACGAUCUCUCGUCAACUUACUCUGAAGAGCUUAAUUCCCAGCCAAAGUAUGGCACACUUUCUGAGGGGAAAGCAAGCUGGGAUUCACGCGGAUUUGAGCGCAGGCCUUGCUCCGGAGCAUUUCGUGCUGGAUGAUGUUGCCAGAUAUGGCAUAAACUCUCGGAUUAGCGCUCUUGCGUACGACCCAGUGCAGUCGUUGCUUGCUGUCGGGACUAGCGAAACACAGUAUGGCAGUGGACAGAUUUAUAUAUUUGGACAGGAGAGGGUGUCUACCGUGUUCACACUCCCGCGCAAGGCGUCUGUCAAGGUCCUCCAAUUCUGCACCGAUAAGAUUGUUUCUGUGGACUCGAAACACGAGCUCUGUGUAUUUUCCCUUGAGAAACGAACACAACUUGCGGCGUAUACGCCGCCAGGCCAUGUCACUGCCCUGUUGACAGAUCCAAGCUUGGAAUAUGCCUUUAUAGGUCUACAGAGCGGUGACCUCGUCACGUAUGACCUCGACCGCCUUAGGAUUGCUCCGUUCAAGAUUCCCAAUCUGUGGAAGGAAAUAAAUCCCCGGGCUAGGAUUUUGCCUAUUGUAUCGCUGGCUUUUCAUCCGCGGGAUAUUGGAAAUCUCCUAAUUGGAUAUCUGGAAGGAGCUGUAACCUUUUCAAUUAAAAUGAAUACUCCAGUCAAAUUCUUCCAGUAUGAAGUUCCACCUGGCGCUCCGGGUGGAGACUCAGAUCCCUCAGCCUCUCGAGAGGCGCGAAGACCUAGACUAACCAAAGCCGUGUGGCAUCCUACGGGAACCUUUAUCCUUACAGCACAUGAUGACUCGAGCUUAGUGUUCUGGGACCCUAAAGAUGGGAGAAUUGUUAUGGCCAGAACCUUAGCGGAUACCGAUAUUAACAAACCAGGAGCAGUGCUACCGGCAACUACACCCGCAGGAACAUUUUCUCUCAAGGAACCAAUAUUCCAAGUUGCAUGGUGCUGUAAAGAAAAUCCAGAUGACACUGGCCUGUUAAUUGCUGGAGGAGGCCCAACUACAGAAAUGAAUAAAAGUCUGACAUUUUUCGAUCUUGGACCUACACCGAUCUAUCAAACUUCUUCGUGGCAAGUCCUCGCAAGCCAUCUUGCGAAACCACAACACGUUAGCAAAUUGGCAACCCCGCCAAGUGCGGAGGUUGUGGAUUUUGUACUAAUUCCCCGCUCAUCCCCUUACUUUGCCAAUGCACAAGACCCCAUUGCUGUGAUUGCAUUGCUCUCGUCGGGAGAGCUAGUCACUCUGAGCUUUCCAAGCGGCCAUCCGAUUUCUCCCACAAAUAUGCUCCAUCUGUCACUCUCCUUUGUUCAUCCAUUUGUCACCAAAAUUUCUCUAGCAUCCGUAGAUCGCACAAGGUGGCUAGGUUGGCGGGAGAAACGGGCCCAGGGACCAAGCAUUCUAAUCGGAGGCGCAUUAGCAAAGAAACCGAUGAAACGCUUCGAAAACCGAGAUAUUGUCCAAACAGCCCAUGCUGACGGUAUCAUUCGCAUGUGGGAUACAGGCCAUGAUGACCAGAUUGAAAACCCUUCGGUCAUCCAAGUCGAUCUCGCUCGUGCUGUCGGCCGUUUCGAUAACGUCGAAGUGACUACAAUGUCUUUGGCUGGAGGCGCAGGCGAAUUCUCAGCCGGCCUGAAUAGCGGCGAGGUGGUUAUUUUCAAAUGGGGUCGUAACCAGAAUGCAGGCCGGGAUUUACCCUUGGGUGAAAAUGAUGGACCUGGGCAGUUAACUGAUAUUUAUCGAAGAACUGACCCUGGGCUGAAAGAAGGAUUUAUUCCGCUGGCUUUGUUGAACCAGGACCAAGGUCCUGUUACUGCUCUUGAGCACAGCGAUGUUGGUUUCGUUUGUGCUGGGUUCCAAUCAGGUGGCCUUGCCAUAAUCGACCUGAGAGGGCCCGCAGUCAUCCACACUACCCACGUUUCCGAUUUUGUUAAACACCAUAGACGAAUGAGUGUUAGGAAAAGCCACCACUCUUCAUCAGAGUCUCAAUCUGAGUGGCCUACAUGCAUUAAAUUCGCAAUCAUGUCUUUAGAUGGAGAAGGCUAUUCAAGUAUUCUCUGUAUAGUUGGAACCAACAGAGGAAACAUCGCGACUUUCAAGAUCCUUCCGUCAGCAGAAACUUAUACAGCGUCUUUUGCUGGUUCUCGCAAUGUGGAUGAUCGGGUAUUAUCUAUUUGCCCUAUCGACGCAGAGACUGGCGUGCCAGCCCUCGCCACCCAGUCUGCCGUUGCUAACCUGAGGAACGGAUAUAAGAAGAAUGGGGUUGUAAUUGCUGUCACUCCAUCCGGUUGUCGAAUAUUCAAGCCAGCUGCUUCAAAGGGUGCAGAUAAGAACUGGGAUGACUUCCUGUGUGACAAUGCGACAGUCGUCAGAACCAAUGAGGUAUCCGCUCUCGUUGGCGUGUUUGGCGACGGCAAGGCAAGGGCGUAUUCAAUCCCUGCUUUGAAAGAAAUUGCCUCCUCGCAGAUCGAUAACAUUUUGGACAUGAGAAGAGUUGGCGAAGCUGUUAUAUCUCUCUCUGGUGAUGUGAUAGGCUGGACUGGGCCAUCGGAGCUUGCCAUGGUAAAUCUUUGGGGUGCUGGAUUACCUCUACACCGUUGCGAAGACGCAAUAUAUAACCCGGCACUCUCUAUACCGCCACGCCCUACUAUCUCGAAUCUACAGUGGAUAUCAGGAACUCAAUAUGUCUCCCCAGCGGACAUGGACCCUAUUUUUCUAGUCGGAGGACCAGAUCGACUGCCAUCAAAGCAUAUGCGCGAACAAUUGAGACAGGACGAGAUGUCCCUCCAGGCAGCGGCUCGUGAGCAGCCUCGAAGUUCGGGCUCACCAGCCCAGGGUGGUUCUGAGGAAGGCUACUGGGCUUACAUGCAGCGACAGAUGGCGCUUAGGACGGAGAACCUCAAUAUCAUGGGUGACUCGAUGGAUCGGCUUGAAGAGAGUAGCAGUGGGUGGGUGGAGAAUGCGAAUAAAUAUAUCAAGAAUCAGAAGAAGAAGGCGAUUCUGGGCGCCAUCGGUUCCAAAUUUGGAUUUUAA